AUGAACUAUCAAUUAUCUAGAUCUUCAUCUAGAUUAUUAUUGAUAUCAAAUAGUGUUAGAUUUAAUCAUAGUAGAUCAUAUCUAUCUUUAAAUUAUAAUAGUAUCAACAACAGUAUCAAUAUAAACAAUAACAUUAGAUGUCAAACAAAUUAUAGAUCAACCCCACUUUUAACAUCAUCUUUAACAAAUAAGGUGGUGACUACUACUACAAGUCAAAGAUUUUACUGUGGUAAUAGUGGUGAUAGUGAUACAAUCGAUAUCAUAUUACCAGAUGGUAGAAAGAUUAACGGUCAAAAGGGUGUAAGCACUCCAUUCUCAGUUGCAAGAACCAUCUCAAAGAGUUUGGCAAAUCGUGUUUUGUUGUCACGUGUCAACGGUAAACUACAUGGAAUUGGUGAGGCGCUGAAUGAGCGUGAGUCAAACGUUGAGUUGCUUGACUUUGAGAAUGACGAUGCUAGACGUUGCUUCUGGCUCAGUAGCUCCAUUGUCACUGCGGCAGCUGCAAUGCAACAUUUCGGAAGCAAUUCAUUCAUCACCCAUCACAACUAUCUACUCACCAACAAUGCACUCCAAGAUGGAUACCAAGUCGACAUGUAUCUACCUGAGAACAGAACAAUCACCGAAUCAGACAUCAAAUCAAUACAAAAGAUCAUGACAACAUUGAUUCAAUCCGAUAAACCAUUCACAAGAAAAUCAAUUACAAAAAAACAAUCUUUAGAAAUAUUCAAGGUUUAUAUUAUAAAUAAUAACUUUAAGAAUGAUGGUGAUAUUGUGGAGAUUGUUGAAUUCAAUGGAUUCAUUACAUUGGUCGAUAAGAUUCCAACAUUGAUGUCAAGUGGAAAGCUAAAGUGUAUAGAAUUGACAAAGAACUCUAGUAUUGUUGGAAGUUUAGCUGCUUUGCCAACACUGCAGAGACUCUCUGGUAUUUCAUUCCCAGAGAAGGAACAAUUAGCUGUUUGGAAGGAUCUGCAACAUCAAGCUGCGCAGCUGGAUCACAGAAACAUUGGCAGGGACCAAGAGUUGUUCUUCUUCCAUCCGUACAGUCCUGGAAGUUGUUUCUUCUUGCCACACGGCACUCGUAUCUACAACAAACUACACUCGUUCCUCCGCUCCGAAUACAGAAAACGUGGAUUCGAAGAGGUAAUCACACCGAAUAUCUACAGCCAGAAACUCUGGGAAACAAGUGGACACUGGCAAAACUACAAAGACAACAUGUUUGGCUUCCAAUGCGACCACACCAGCUACUCGCUGAAACCGAUGAAUUGUCCCGGUCACUGUUUGAUGUUCGCGCACAAGUCGCACUCCUACAAGGAUCUACCGAUGCGUAUCGCCGACUUUGGUGUACUUCACCGUAACGAAACACACGGCUCGCUCACCGGACUCACCAGAGUACGUCGCUUCCAGCAGGAUGACGCGCACAUCUUUUGUCGCGCAGACCAAAUCCGCGAGGAAAUUCAAAAGUGUCUCGAGUUUAUGCAGUUUGUCUACGACAAGUUUGGCUUUAGUUUCUCGCUGGAACUGUCUACCAGACCCACGCCAUUCCUCGGUGACGUAGACAUGUGGAACCGCGCUGAGGCGUCGCUCGAGUCGGUGCUCAACGAGUUUGGCCGCGAAUGGCGCGUCAAUCCUGGUGACGGUGCAUUCUACGGACCAAAGAUAGACAUCCACAUCAAAGAUGCCAACGGCAAGAGUCACCAGUGCGCAACGAUUCAGCUCGAUUUCCAGUUGCCAAUCCGAUUCGGCUUGGAAUACACCGCUGCUGACUCGCGUGCCGAACGACCCGUUAUGAUUCAUCGCGCCAUCUUUGGUUCCACCGAACGUAUGAUGGCUAUUCUCAUUGAGCACACCAAAGGAAAGUGGCCGUUGUGGUUGUCACCUCGCCAGAUCUUCAUUGCGCCGGUCAGCGUCAACUCGGACGGCAGCGGCGGACCCUACAACGACUACCUCAACGCCGUCAAACAGCGUUUGUUCGACGCAGGCUAUCACAUCGACAGCGAUCUCUCUGACAAGACAAUCAACAAAAAACUCAGAGAAGCGAUCACCCUCCGCUACAACUACCUCGUAGUCAUCGGAAAGGAAGAACAAGACAACAAUACAAUCACAAUAAGAAGACGUGACUCAACCGAUCAAAUAACAUUAACAUUAGAUAAGUUUUUAGAGGAAUUGAAUGAUAAUAUAAUUAAUUUUAAAUAA